AAUAAUAACAGUAAUAAAUAAAAGAUGAUGUAUAAGAAACUGAAAAUAUAAUUUAAAUUGCAAAAAAAGAAGAAGAUGAGAUUGUAAUUAAAAUAGAAGAAGUUAAUAAAAAAUUAGAAAAUUUUUUAUAAGAAGAGUAAUUUAUAGACUAAAAAUUAAAAAAUAAACUGAAUAAUAUCUAAAAUAUGCAGAUUGAAUAUGAAUGUUUAGAAGAAGAAUUUAAUUAAUUGUGUUCUUAUAAAUAAUAACUUAAUGGAAAUUAAGAAAGUUUAGAUUAAGAAUAUAAAUAGAUGUAAUUAAAUAUAGAAAAAAAUAAGCAAAAAGUAUCUUAAUUAUUAAAUUAAUAUGAUGAAAAUACACUUAAUGUUUAAAAUUUAACUUAUUUAAAAGAUCAAACUUAAAAGAGGCUUAAAUAUAUAUAAAAAGAUCUCCAAAAUACUAUUAAAAAAAAAGCUAAUUUACUUAAUAAUAUUAAAUAAAAAUAAAAAGAAUUAAAUUCUAAUCAAGGUAAUGUAAAAAGAAAAUUUAAUAGUGAUUAAAAAAUUAAUAUUAAUAAGCAAAACAAUUGAAAUAUUUUUUAAAGCAUUUUCUUUAUUUAUUAAGUUAUAAUUUUUGUUUUU